GGCUACCAACACGCCAAAAAAAUCCCCACGUUUUUUGCGUUUUUUAACCUAAAAAAUUUAGAAUCUGAACUUUGCGAUUAAUUUGCACAAUGGGUGAGUUUGUGACGUCCCUGGUGCGCAAAAUCGGGCCCGCGGCCCACAAGCGGGCCCCCCCGUUGGGCCUUGUGUACGGCACAGCCUCCACGAAAUUCGGCAACUGUCUCGCAGCGUUUCAACGCAAUGCCCUUUGUUACCUCACGUUCUACGACACGGAGCCCCCUUUGGAGGGUUUGAGACAAGCCUGGCCUAACGCCACUUUAUAUAAUGAUAUACUGGUGUCUGAGAAUAUCGUAAAGCUGUUCGAGGGGGCUGCCAGUUACGAUCUGUUCCUCAAAGGCACGGAUUUUGAGCUUGAGGUGUGGGAGGCCCUUUUGAAGGUUAAAAAGGGCAAAACUGCGAGUUACGAGGAUAUUGCUAGAGCUGUGGGGCGCCCUAGGGCUCUGAGGGCGGUGGGAAGGGCUGUUGGCAAGAAUCCAGUCGCGUACGUCGUGCCGUGCCACAGGAUUAUUAGGAAGGAUGGGGCUGUUUACAAGUAUGCGUCCGGGGCUGAGCGCAAGAGGAAGCUGCUGGAGGACGAGGGGGCUAUUUAAGCGCUUGUUACAUUGAUACAUUUAUUAUACUUAUUAUUUGAAGGUCAUAGUAAAUUUUUUUUUACAAAG